GAACUCGAAACUCAUAUUUUGGUUUUCACUAUAAAAUUUAAAUUGUAUUCAGGAAUAAAAAGAAAUACUUACUUAAUAUUAAGUCUUAAUUGUUGUAUACCUUAUAUUAUAUUGACAUUACAGAAGUUUUCAGUUAUUAAACUGAUCAAAUUUAAUUCGCAUUCUAAGUUAAUAGAAUUUGUGUUUGAAUUUUCCAAUUUUUUUUGUUAGAAGAAUUCCGUAUAAUUUUAAUUGUAUUUUUUAUUAGACACUUAAUUUUAAUUUGGUUUUUUUUAUCAUGGCUUCGAUUUCAAGUGACGACGACCAUAAAGCCUACAUGUUUUUGGGAAAAGACGUUUCGAAAAUUCCUUGUUUUCGAAAUAGUUAUUUGUACAGCAUUGUUGGUGGAUUCGUUGCUGGACUGGGUCACUUUAUGUUUACGAGUCGAACACAAAGGUCCAUGCAUUUUGGCGUCGGCUCGUUUUGCGUCAUAGCCAGUUCAUAUUGGACAUUUUGUAGAUACAACUAUUCCCAAACAGAAAAAACCAUGGACGAACUCAAGAAAGUAAUUCAAGAGAAGACGAGUAGCUGAGAACAAAAUAACGUCAUCGUUUUGUGUAAAUUAGUAUGUAGAAAAAUAUAAUACGUAUAUUUUUUUUAUACGGGUUUUGUUGUUAUAUUUCAUUAUAUUGUUGUUAGUGUAUUGUGCAUUAAAAACUUUGAAUUGCUUGAAAAUUAA